CAUGGCUCAGAGGAAGAGGCCGGGGACCAGCGGAGGAAACAGUAUGGCUGCUCCCGGCCCCGCCUCCUGUCCCACCCUUCAUCCUACAGAGUCAUGUGACCUGAAAGCCCUCCCGCCUCGGCAACGCCCAGUUCGCUACCCAAAAGAGUCACAUGAAUCGAAGCCUCUCCCCCGUUCUUGGAAGGCACAGUAUUCUCCUCCCAAGUCUCAAGACCUGAGUCACAAGCAUCCAGAAGUGGAAGUAGAAGCAGCCGUUGAAGUGAAGCGGUACAGCAACCCAGCAGAUGCAGAACUAGUGGACCAGCGGCCAGCAACACCGUCCACGCCAGAACAUGGACGUGGCCAAGAUUACCACGGCCGGGCAGACUUCCACGGUGGAGCUGACAGCCUGGAUGACGACUCCAGCUCUGACUACAUGAACAACACCUCAGACGAUGAGGAAAACUAUGUUGACGGGCUGGCAGAGGAGGAUGAAGGUGUGACUUACUACAUCCGCUACUGCCCAGAGGAUGACAGCUACCUGGAAGGUAUGGACUGCAGCAACCAGGGAGACUGUAAACACAGCCACGGCCACGGGGACUGUGUCACCAGCGCUCAGCCGGGCGCAGCCCACCCGGAGCAAUGUCUGGAGGCUGUGGAAGGCUGGGCCGAGGAGGGAGAAGGAAAGGGAGAAGGCGAGGGGGAGGUGAAAGAGGAAGAAUGGGUGGAGGAUGAGGAGAGAGAGGGGGGCGAGGUUCGCUGUGAGGUGGUGGAGCAAGAUCCAGAUGAACAGAUAUACAAUGGAAGACCAGAACCCAUCCUGGACCAUCACCACCAACCCGCCAUGCAAGACACACUGCACAACCAUGAGGAAGAGGGGGAGGCACAGAGAGAGGUGUACUGCCCUAAUGAGGAAGAGGAUGAGGACGGUGACGAGGAGGAGAGACGUGGCGGGGCUUACACUGGAGACUACUUUGCCCCAGAGGACAAUGGGAACUCAGUGCGAGUCUCCCCGUACCGUAGCCGCAAGGUGGUGGUGGAGGGGGAGACGGGGGAGGAGGCGGAGGAGGACAUUGAUCAGAUUGUUGCGGAGAUCAAGAUGAGUAUGAGCAUGGGGAGUCUGAGUAGCGGCACUGACCAGAGCCCAGAGGAGUUGUUGCAGGACCCCGCACCAAGUGACUACCCGCACCCGAAGCCUGACGCAGCCCCCUACCCACAAGCUCACCAUCGUCAUGACAGCAGGCCCAAGUCCCUGAACCUGCCCUCCAUGCUCCACAACAACCCCGACGUCCAGAGAGGCAUCAAGGCACAUGCACGCUCGCCUGAAGACCGGCAGAGAUGGACACCAGAGCAGGUGAGCAACGGUGCAGAGCAACCCAGAAAACAGCAGCGCUCCGACCUCAACGUUCCCCUGGAGAACAACAAUGUACUCGAGCCAACAAAGAAGGUUACGUCGUUCCCCAGCUUUGUUGAUGUACCAGGACCCUGCGAACCAGAAGACCUGAUUGAUGGAAUCAUCUUUGCCGCUAACUACCUGGGCUCCACACAGCUGCUGUCUGAGAGGAACCCCUCCAAGAACAUACGCAUGAUGCAGGCCCAGGAAGCUGUCAGCAAGGUCAAGGGUGCAGAGGGAGACGCUCAAACCCUCACCGAAGUCGAUCUGUUCAUCUCCACCCAGAGGAUUAAAGUCCUCAACGCAGACUCACAGGAAACGAUGAUGGACAACGCGCUGCGUACUAUAUCCUACAUUGCUGACAUCGGGAACAUUGUGGUCCUGAUGGCGAGACGCCGGAUGCCACGCACGGCCUCCCAGGACUGUAUCGAAUCGACGCCCGGGGCACCCGAGGCAAAGAAGCAGUACAAGAUGAUCUGCCAUGUCUUUGAGUCCGAAGAUGCCCAGCUAAUCGCCCAGUCCAUCGGCCAGGCGUUCAGCGUAGCUUACCAGGAGUUCCUGAGAGCCAAUGGCAUCAACCCCGAGGACCUGAGUCAGAAGGAGUACAGUGAUAUUAUCAACACCCAGGAGAUGUACAAUGACGACCUCAUUCACUUCUCCAACUCUGAAAACUGCAAAGAGCUGCAGCUGGAGAAGAGCAAAGGGGAGAUCCUGGGCGUGGUGAUUGUGGAGUCCGGCUGGGGCUCCAUCCUCCCCACGGUAAUCUUAGCCAACAUGAUGAACGGCGGGCCGGCGGCUCGCUCCGGCAAGCUGAGCAUCGGAGACCAGAUCAUGUCCAUCAACAACACCAGCCUCGUGGGGCUGCCACUCGCCACCUGUCAGGGAAUCAUCAAGGGCUUGAAGAACCAGCUGCAGGUGAAAAUGAACAUUGUGAGUUGCCCUCCGGUUACCACCGUCCUCAUUAAGAGACCAGAUCUGAAGUACCAGCUGGGCUUCAGUGUCCAGAACGGCAUUAUAUGCAGUCUGAUGCGAGGAGGCAUUGCCGAGCGCGGCGGGGUCCGUGUGGGUCACAGGAUCAUCGAGAUCAACGGGCAGAGUGUGGUGGCCACGGCACACGAGAAGAUUGUCCAGGCCCUCUCAAACUCUGUUGGCGAGAUUCACAUGAAGACCAUGCCGGCCGCCAUGUUCAGACUUCUAACCGGACAGGAGACGCCUAUGUACAUAUAAACGAUGGCCAGGGAGCGUUCCACAGGGCAGGCUGUCCGCUGUGAUUGGUCGAUUAUCUUACGGGGCGAACCAAGCUGGCCAGUGACUUGGGGAGGAUUGUUUCUCCCGUCAAUUAAUUUCUCUUUUGUUUCUUUUUGUCUGAGAUGACUUCAAUUCUUCAUCAUCUCUCCCGUGUCUGUGCUUAACAUGCACCAGCCAUUUUAUUGACAUGAGAUGCUUUUCCAUCUGACCAGCUGAAGAGACUGUGUGUGUGUGUGUGUGUGUGUAUGUGUGUUAUUUAUUUGUCCUGUCAGUGCUUUUAUGUGUCACUUCCGUGAGAUCGUGUGGACAGACUUAUCAAGCGAAUGUGUCACAAUUUAUUUUGUAUACUCACGUAAUGCAAUAUGAUACUUCUACUAUACUUCUUGUAUAGUUCCAUCCUGUUCAUUUAUUUAUCAUGUAAAUACAUAUUUUGCUAAUAUUGCAGGUGAAGUAGGUGGGGGAUGGGGAGGGGCCACAGCUGCAUUGUACAUAUUUAUUGAAUCUCGCUGUUGAAUUGAAAUGGUCUGCGAUGAAGGCAAAGACACAAUUAAAUGCCUGAUAUCAUAGUUGCCAGUAAAAAAGUGGACGAGUUCAGUGUCUGACAUGUCAGGUUCAAACAUGCUACGUAGAUAUAAUGUACAUGUGAAUCAACCCAAUGCUCGCAGCAGGGGUUUAUGGGAGAAACGCCAUAUCCUUUUCAUUUUCUUCAUUUUACGGCAAUACAAGAGUUCAAACUCUGAAGUCUUUUAUAAAUCUCAUGACCAAAUCACACACAUUUAAAUAACGAGCUGAGUAAAACUAUGAACAUGCAUCCACUAUGCUUUUGAUAUCUAAGUCACAUGAAAAUGCAGUUUCUUUUGUGUGCUACUCUACUGUAUGUUCAUCUUUAGUGUUCCUGACUGAAACUCAUGCAUACUAUGAGUGGAUUGUGAAUGUAACGGUGUUGUGUGAGCUGUCCCAUUGCCAUAAGCAGUAUUAGAAUGUUUGUACAGAAGAGAAACGUGUCUAGUAGUGUGCUCAUGUUAAAAAACAAAACAGAAAACACAGGUUUAGUCUCUGCAAACAUGUCCCCGCCUGUGUGUUGGCUUUUAGUCCGGAGGGAAUAAGAACUGUGAAUCUCACACUGUGACAGAAACGAGCCUCAGCGCUGGGGAAAGGUUCUAAAAUGCAUCGUAGUACAUUUGGACCACAUGAGCGUGAUCUGUGUGCAUGCCUCGUGAAGUAGUUUCAUGUCAUUGUGGCAAGAAAAUAAAAACUGCGCUAAACCCG